UCGGUUGAAAUGCAAUAGAUUUUUGUCAAUACUUUUGAAUGAAUAAAGCAUUCAAUGAAUGAAUGAAUUAAUGAAUUAAUUAAUUAACUAAUUGUUUAUAAUAUUAAUAUAAUUGAAUUGAUUGGCAAUUAAGUGACAAUUGAUUGAGUGUUUAGUAAACAAUAGUUAUAUUGAAGGCAUGACUUUGAUUACAAACUCUGAGACUCCCAAUGAGUUCAAGUUAGACAAUGUGGCCAACGAUUGCAUUCAAUCGGUAAAGUUUGGCCAACACUCUAAUCACUUGUUGUUGUCGGCCUCGUGGGACUCAACCGUAAGACUUCAUGAUAUUAAUACCAAUACAUUGCGGACCAAAUACAACCACUCGGCCCCUGUCCUUGACUGCGCCUUUCAGGACUCUUGUCACGUAUGGAGCGGUGGUUUUGAUAAUCAGGUUAAGAUGUUUGACCUAAACUCGGGUACCGAAACAAUUUUGGGAUCACAUAACGCACCGAUACGUUGUGUUGAAUUUAGUGCUGAAAUUAAUGUUAUGAUAACCGCCGGAUGGGAUGCAAAUGUCAAACUUUGGGAUCCGAGAGCGCCGUCAGCGAGUGGUACUUAUGCCCAACCGGACAAAGUCUAUACAAUGGGUGUUAGUGGUGACAAAGUUGUGGUCGGAACUGCCGGCCGACGAGUUUUGGUUUGGGAUCUCAGAAAUAUGUCUUAUGUUCAGCAAAGAAGAGAAUCGAGUCUUAAAUAUCAAACCCGUUGUAUCCGAUGUUUUCCUAACAGACAGGGAUAUGUCUUGAGUUCAAUUGAAGGCAGAGUUGCCGUUGAAUAUCUGGACCCAAGUCCUGAAGUUCAACGAAAAAAAUAUGCAUUUAAAUGUCAUCGAAAUAAAGACAAUACGAGUGGCAUUGAAGUUAUAUAUCCGGUCAAUGCUAUCAGUUUUCACAGCGGAUACAAUACAUUUGCGACGGGAGGGUCUGACGGCUACGUCAAUAUUUGGGACGGAUUUAAUAAAAAGCGUUUGUGUCAGUUCCACAAAUAUCCUUCAAGUAUAUCAUCACUUUGUUUUUCAUCCGACGGACAAUAUCUGGCCAUUGCUUCCUCAUUCCUCUAUGAGAAUGAUGAGACCCGAGACAUACCUCCCGAUGCAAUAUUCAUUAGGAGAGUCACUGAUCAGGAGACUAAACCAAAAUAAUUAUCUUAUUUAAGCACUUCAUAUAUUGUAUUAUUAUUUACACAAUCACAUCAUUAU